AUGCAAGGGGCAGUACCUAAGGGUUGUUGUGGAAAGUGCUUAAAGAUCGGGGCCGUCACCAUUGGUGAACCGAAGCCUAGCAUUUCCGGGAAGCGAUCGUUUCGUCCGAGUUCCAGCAUAAGGCAUGCCACUGAAUGGCCAAUCUCUGAUGUUUUUAGCGAUCUUACUGUGGAAAUAGGAGCAUCAAGCUUUGCACUUCACAAGUUCCCCCUAGUUUCUAAGAGUGGAAGAAUUCGGAGACUGUUGCUUGAAGCAAAAGAUGCAAAACUUUCGCGCAUAAUUCUUGCUGCUGUUCCGGGUGGACCAGAGGGAUUUGAGCUAGCUGCAAAGUUCUGUUACGGAGUUCAUGUUGAAAUUACACAGUCAAAUGUUGCCAUGCUUCGUUGCGUAGCGCACUUCCUGGAACUGACGGAAGAGUAUGCUGAGAAAAAUAUGGAAACGAGAACUGAAGCUUAUCUGAAGGAGACGGUGCUUCCAAACAUAUCAAAGUCGAUAUCAGUUCUUCGUCGCUAUGACCUCUUGCCUGCAGCAGAAGAAACCAACCUUGUAAGCAGGCUUAUCAAAGCAAUUGCAAACAAUGCAUGCAAAGAGCAGCUCACCUCUGGCUUAUUGAAACUUGACCACAACUUCACUGCAAAAGGAGCUCCAAAUAUGGAACCUGAAACGCCCGCAGACCGGUGGGGAAAAGCGCUUACAGUGCUUAGCCUCGACUUCUUCCAACGCGUUCUAUCCGCGGUGAAAACCAAGGGUCUUAAACAGGAUAUGAUCAGCAAAAUCUGAAGGUGUCUACAGGACAAAAUGCAAGAGAUCGAAAUUGGAAGAAAAAAAAUAUGAAGCUUUACGUGAGGCUUGGUGUUGCAAUUUCUCAAAUGAAAAUUUAUUGUUGUCCGGUGAUUGUUUAGGUAGUUUUAACUGGUGGAUAUUAAAGUUUGGUUGGUGUGUGUAUUGAAGUUUGGUUGGCUGGUUUGUAUAUUGAAGUUUGAUUGGUGUAUGUAUUGAAGUUUGGUUGGUUUGGUUUGUA